UCCUCCUCCUCGGGUGAAGGUGUUCUUCCUCCUCCUCGGGUGAAGGUGUUCUUCCUCCUCCUCCUCGGGUGAAGGUGUUCUUCCUCCUCCUCCUCGGGUGAAAGUGUUCUUCCUCCUCAGGUGAAGGUGUUCUUCCUCCUCAGGUGAAGGUGUUCUUCCUCCUCAGGUGAAGGUGUUCUUCCUCCUCAGGUGAAGGUGUUCUUCCUCCUCAGGUGAAAGUGUUCUUCCUCCUCAGGUGAAGGUGUUCUUCCUCCUCCUCCCCGGGUGAAGGUGUUCUUCCUCCUCAGGUGAAGGUGUUCUUCCUCCUCCUCGGGUGAAGGUGUUCUUCCUCCUCCUCGGGUGAAGGUGUUCUUCCUCCUCCUCCUCGGGUGAAGGUGUUCUUCCUCCUCCUCCUCGGGUGAAAGUGUUCUUCCUCCUCAGGUGAAGGUGUUCUUCCUCCUCAGGUGAAGGUGUUCUUCCUCCUCAGGUGAAGGUGUUCUUCCUCCUCAGGUGAAGGUGUUCUUCCUCCUCAGGUGAAAGUGUUCUUCCUCCUCAGGUGAAGGUGUUCUUCCUCCUCAGGUGAAGGUGUUCUUCCUCCUCAGGUGAAGGUGUUCUUCCUCCUCCUCAGGUGAAGGUGUUCUUCCUCCUCAGGUGAAGGUGUUCUUCCUCCUCAGAGAGGACCAGUUCCUGGUUUAAGGAGGGAAACCCUUAUGGAACCUCACCACAGAAUCUGCAGAUCUUGAUGAGAAAGCCUCAGAGCUGGCAGAAACAUUGCAUGUUUAGCCAGCAGGGGGCAGCAGCAGGGACGAGGCUCACCUGUACAGGUGACCUCACAAAGGUCAGCGCUUUUCCUCAAGCAGUGAAGUAGAGGCUAAAAUAAACUGCGGUUCCAAUAAUGUGAUAAAAAAAGGCUCCACUAAGAAAAUCUUUUUCUGUUGUUUUUUACCUGAAUUCUGAGCACAGAUGAGUUUCAACAUUCUGAAUGUUCACCAAAAGAGGACAUGAAACCAAAAAAACGUACAGAAUCCUGAAAAAAUAGGAAAAGAAAUGUGUUUCCUACAAAGAAGGAUCCUUUUACAACCUUGCAUUUAGCGGAUCAAACCCGACUCAUGAAGGUCAAGUAGAGGAAACCAAACAGGAAAUGUUCUAUUUUUACGCCGAACAUGAGAAACGUAAUCUGACAGACAUCUAAUCGCUCCAGACGGCCGAUGUCCUCGGAGCAAAGUUCAGGAGAAAAAUGCAGCGCAGCAGAUUUCUGUCAGGAGUCAGACUUUUCAGCUUAAAACCUCCUAAAACUACCCAGAAUGCUUCAGGUCACAAACUUUAGUGGCUGCAGGAACAAACAACAAAACUUAACUUUUCAGUCGAUCCUUUGAUUUAAAGUCUUCAUUUCUGAACGUUUCACUCAAGCUGCUUCAUCAGACUGACCUCAGAGUCUUUUUGCCGUUCUUACCAUGUUCCUGUAGCUUUUUAUGAUGGAGGACAUUCAUUGGCCAUGUGGGCGCAUGCAGGGGACGUCCUGGACAGGCCUCCAGUCUGUCCCACAGCCUGAUGGAAGACAUGUUUUAGAUGAAAGCUGCAUGUCUGAGUAUUUCUACGUUUGGCAAUCAGGAGCAGAUGAAAAAAUGGCUUCUGACGUGAUGGGAUUCAUUCAGUGGGCUCCUCGCUCUGCUCCAUUCUGAUGCAUCCUGGUCCAGGAACCAGUCCGGGAUCUGCUCUGGUCCUGGAUCUGGUCUGGACCAGGAUCUGCUCUGGUCCUGGAUCCGGUCUGGACCAGGAUCUGCUCUGGUCCUGGAUCCGGUCUGGACCAGGAUCUGCUCUGGUCCUGGAUCCGGUCUAGACCAGGAUCUGCUCUGGUCCUGGAUCUGCUCUGCUCCUGGAUCCGCGCUGAUCCCAGGUGUACAGACCGCCUCUGGGUUUCCUGUGAAGAUGGCGUGAAGGCGGCGGAUGUGCAGAGACCGUCGGCGAGGACGGCUGCUGCCGGAACACGCCUGACGUCACGUUGGCGGCUCAGAAGCGGCUCGUGUUCCUCAGAGCAGAGGCCAAGGCCACGCAGGCCUGAUAAGACCUGCAGGUCACAGUCGAAGGUCUCAGUUGAACAUUAACCCGGGGUUCCCGAGGAGAGCCGGUGAGCCGGGUGGAGCUCCACACAGUCGGAGCGGAGGUGAAGAUGAGGCUGCAGGAGCUCCUUCUUCUCACGGCAGCCGCCUGCGCAGCCGGCCGUUCCCUGAGGACGUCUGCGGGGAAGAAGCUGCUGCUCAUCUCCUUUGAUGGCUUCAGGUGGGACUACGACCAGGACGUGGACACCCCCAACCUGGAUCAGCUGGCUGUGGACGGCGUCAAGGCCAAGUACAUCACCCCCCCGAUGCUGACCAUGACCUCCCCAUCCCACUUCACCACCAUUACAGGCAGAUGGGUGGAAGACCACGAAGUCGUGCACAACAUGAUGUUCAACACCACCACCAACCUCAAAGUUCCUCACAAGCAGACCCUGUCCAGGUCAGAGUGGUGGGACAAUGGCGUGCUGCCCUUAUGGAUCACAGCGCAGAACCAGGGCCUGAAAACAGCCUCGUUCUUCUUCCCGGGAGGCGGAGCCAAUUACAGUGGCCAAUCCGUGAACAGGGUUGUGAUGACGGAAGCUGGCCAUCCGGACGACAACGAGACGGAGUGGCAGCAGAACGUCGACACGGUGCUGAGCUGGUUUUCCCAGGAGGACUUCAACCUGGUGACGCUGUACUACGGAGAACCGGACAACGUGGGCCACGCCAAGGGGCCGGACCACCCCCGCAGGAAGGAGAUCAUCCAGCAGAUAGACCGCACCAUCGGCUACCUGAGAAACGCCAUCCAUCGCCACAAACUGAGCGACAGCCUGGACGUCAUCAUCACCUCUGACCACGGCAUGACCACCGUGAAGAAGCGACCUCUGGUGGACGAGAUCGUUCUCAACAAGUACCUGAACCUCCUCCAACUGGCCAGCUUUGAGAUCCUGGACUAUGGCGGCUUUGGCAUUUUGACGCCGCGGCCGGGGAGGGAGCAAGAGGUUUUUGACGCCCUGUCCAAUGCGCCAAACCUGACGGUCUACAGGAAACACGAAAUGCCCGAAAGCUUCCAUCUUGGAAAAAGCGAGCGGCUGCCUCCCAUCGUGGUCAUCGCAGAUCUGGGCUUCAACCUGAACUCUAGAUUCAUCGUCUACGUCAACAAAGGUGACCACGGCUUCCACAACGACCACAUGGACAUGAAGACCAUCUUCCGCGCGUUCGGACCCAGUUUCAAGAGGAACUUCCUGUCGGAGCCGUUCGACAGCGUCCACAUCUACCCCCUGAUGUGCAAACUGCUGCAGAUCCAGCCGGCGCCACACAACGGUUCUCUGGCCGUGACGGAGGACAUGCUGCUGUCCGGCGGAACACGAGGAGCUGGGCUGUCUGUCUCGGUUCUGCUGGUCACACUGCUGAGCGGGCUCACGGCGCUGUGACCGACCCAGAAACCUCAGAACUAUCCAGAACCUCCAGCAGGACCGGGUCACGCUUCAGUCUGAAACCCUGACGUGAAACCGGCUUUGUGGUUCUGUAGAUGUCUGACCCACAGGGAGCGUCUCGGUUCCACCUGCAGUUCUGACCCAGAACAGGAAGCUGAACAGCGCCUCACAGUGGCCAGUAUUUGUGCCUACAUUAAAGACAGUGUUUGACGCCUCGUAAAUGUUUCUGAGUGAGUUUCCCGACUGCUACAGCGACCUUUAGAGCAGGGGGGGGUCAGACUCCAGGCCUGGGGGGGUCAGACUCCAGAAACCCCGCCUCCUUUGCUGCUGAUCCCCAGGAUCAGGUGUGUUCUAGCAGCUGUUGAUCUUUCCAGACGGUUUCUGGGAUAAAUUCAGGUGUUUUUUAA